AUGUCAUAUGGGCGGUUCCCCCAGUGCAUUCGAGUGCAGGAGCAGAACGUGGACAAAUAUAGCCUGGACACACACCCUCUUCUGCUUUGUGCCGGAUACCCAGAGCACUGGAUCUGCCCACACACUCAAAACAGGAUGAGAUCUGAGGUGUUGUUGUCUGUGGAUGGGACUGGAUGUGGUGUUACACCUUUGCUGAUGGUGGUGGUGCUCUGGACUGGAUAUGUUGUGUGGAGAAGUCAGGCUCACAUCUUUCUCUGUUUUGCAGGAAAACCUCACAGCAUCGAGAGCUCCGAGCGCAUCCAGCUCUCCGGGACGUAUAACGUGCGGAAAGGAAAGCUGCAGCUUCCGGUGAAUCGCUGGAGUCGACGGCAGGUGAUUUUAUGUGGCACCUGUCUCAUGGUCUCCUCGGUGAAGGCCAGCCAUACGGGCAAGAUGCACAUCCUGCCACUGAUCGGAGGAAAGGUGGAAGAGGUGAAGAAACACAGUCACUGUUUGGCCUUCAGCUCAGCGGGACCUCAGAGUCAGACCUACUAUAUCAGCUUCGACAGCUUCACUGAACACCUGCGCUGGCAUCGACAGGCUGCUAAGAUGGUGUCUCAGAGGAUCAGUUCGGUGGAUCUGUCCUGCUGUAGUCUAGAGAAACUGCCGCCCAACCUGCUGUACAGUCAAGACCUGACGCAUCUCAACCUCAAACACAACUUUCUGCCUGCGGACCAGACGCUGCUGCAGCUCCAGAGAUUUUCCCGUUUGCGGAGUCUCAAUCUCUCUAAUAACCAGCUGAGAAGCUUCCCGCUGCACAUCUGCUCCAUUAGCACGCUGACGGAGGUCAACCUCAGCUGCAACCACCUGACCUCCAUCCAUCCUGACGUGGGCAAAAUGACCAAUCUGCAGACGUUUGUUCUGGACGGGAACCUGCUGUGUGCUCUCCCCUUGGAGCUGGGCUCUCUGCAGAGGCUGGCCUACCUGGGCCUGUCCUUCAAUGAGUUCACACAGGUGCCGUCGGUGCUGGAGCGGCUGCCCGCCGUCGAGAGACUCUGCAUGGCUGGAAAUAAAGUGCCGGUGCUGACGCUACAGGCCUUCCGUCUGCUGACGCUCAAACACGUCGACCUCCGUCUGAACCAGAUCUCCAGCGUCGUGCCGGAUGAGCCGGAGUUUCUGCGCCACGUGACGCAGCUGGAUGUUCGCGAUAACCGUCUGUCUGAGCUGGACGUGUCCGUGUUCCCGCGGCUGGAAGUCCUGCACUGUCAGAGGAACCGUCUUGCUCGUCUGCGUCUGCGUGGCUGCACUCUCAAGGCUGUCUACGCCUCCAACAACGAGCUGCAAGAGUUAGACGUGAGUCCUGUGGCCUCUAACCUCACGUACGUGGACAUCUCCAGGAACUGUAUGACGUCUCUGCCCGAUUGGUUGAGUGACAGCAAGAAACUGGAGGUUCUAGACAUCAGUCACAACAACAUCGCUGAACUUCCUCCGUGGUUGCUGUGCAGUGGCAGUUUGAGGAAGAUCCUGGCCGGUCAUAACCAGUUGAAGCGUUUGCCGGAGCGAGUGGAGCGCCCUGUCGUGGAGGUGAUGGAUGUGCAGCACAAUCAUCUCAUCGAGCUUCCAUGUAAUCUCUUCCUGAAAUCAGACAGUUUACGGUGUCUGAAUGCGUCAGCCAACAAGCUGGAGAAUCUCCCAGCAUCCAGUCUGUCAGAAGAGAGCAGUAGUAUCUUACAAGAGCUUUAUCUGACCAACAACCACCUGACGGACAAAUGUGUGCCUCAGCUGACGGGACACACACACCUGAGGAUCCUGCACAUGGCCUACAAUCACCUGCAGACCUUCCCAGCCAGUAAAAUGGCCAAGCUGGAGGAGCUGGAGGAGGUGGACCUGAGUGGGAACAGGCUGAAGGCGGUGCCUACCACCAUCCUGAACUGCAGGCGCAUGCACACGCUGGUGGCUCACUCCAACUGCAUCGAGGUCUUCCCCGAGGUCAUGCAGCUCAUGGAGAUGAAGUGUGUGGAUCUGAGCUGUAAUGAGCUGAGUGAGAUCACCUUACCGGAGAGUCUACCUCCCAAACUCCAGGAGCUGGAUCUAACAGGAAACCUGCGCUUGAACCUGGACCACAAGACCCUGGAGCAGCUCAAUAACAUCCGCUGUUUCCGAAUCGAUCCGCCUCCCUCGUCGUUCUCAGCCAAUGAGAGCGCAGGAGGGCCCGCUGUCUGGAGUCACGGCUACACCGAAGCCUCAGGCGUCAAAAACAAACUGUGUGUGGCUGCGCUGUCUGUGAACAGCUUCUGCGGCAGUAGAGAAGCUCUGUACGGUGUGUUCGACGGCGACAGGAACGUGGAGGUGCCGUAUUUACUUCAGUGCACCAUGAACGACAUACUGGCAGAAGAACUGCACAGGACCAAGAGUGAGGAAGACUACAUGACCAACACCUUCCUGGUCAUGCAACGUAAGUUAGGCACUGCAGGGCAGAAGCUGGGCGGUUCGGCAGCGCUCUGUCACAUCCGUCACGACCCCACAGACCCCGCUGGCUGCUUCACCCUGACCUCCGCCAACGUGGGCAAGUGUCAGGCCGUGCUGUGUCGCGACGGCAAGGCGCUCCCGUUGUCACUGCUCCACAACAUCAGCAUCAAGGAGGAAUACGACCGCGUGCGACAGCAUAAAGCCAUCAUCACUGAGGACAACAAAGUGAACGGCGUAACAGACUCCACCCGCAUCAUGGGCUAUUCAUUCCUCUAUCCGGCAGUCUUGCCUCGGCCGUACGUCAACACGCUCCCGCUGACCCCCAGAGAUGAGUUCUUCAUCCUGGGCAGCAGAGGUCUCUUCGACGUCAUGGACCCCAGCGAGGCGGUGGAGGCCGUUCGGAAGGUCCCCGACGCGUUGGCGGCUGCCAAGAAGCUGUGCACCCUGGCGCAGUCGUACGGCUGCACGGACAGCCUGAGCGCUGUGGUGGUGCAGCUCAGCGUGGCUGAGGACUGCUGUUGCUGCUGCUGCUCGGCGUCCGAAAGCAUCCACGCGCCGCCACAGCCCCCGCCGAGCCCCGCGGGCCUGUACCCGGCCUCCUCUGCGGGCGUGCCCCCGUCCUCCUGCAGCGAGAUCAGCUCCGAGGUCAGCGCUUCCGAGAUGAGCUCCGAAGUGGGAUCCACCGCGUCCUCGGACGAGCCGCCUCUCCUCCUGCAGGACUCGCACAUCCACCUCCAUCCGCAGAGCCACGCGCCGCAGCUAAACCCGCGCCUGCCCUGCUGCUCGCUCCACCUAGCGCCCAAUGCCAGCGGCUCCUUCCAGAGGCAACUUUCCAGCGCCACCUUUUCCAGCGCACUCUCGGACAACGGCCUGGACAGCGAGGACGAGGAGCCCAUUGCUGGCGUCUUCUCUAACGGCAGUCAAGUGGAAGUGGAGGCUGACGUCCACUGUUUGUUGCCUCCGCCACCUCCACCUUGCACACCAGAAACCCCAGAGAAGCUUCCGGAGCCUGUGCUGGAGGCGGACAAAAUUGGGAACUUUGAUUCUUGGAGCAAAACCUUGGGGAAGCGAAGGGGGAACGGCUCGGUGGCGCCGCAGGAGCAGAGCCACAACUUGAUUGAGGUGGCCGAGGCUCCUUCCAAGAAAUCUGGGGGUUAUUUCACGGCCCCCGCUCAACCCGACCCCGACGACCAGUUCAUCAUACCUCCAGAGCUGGAAGAGGAGGUGAAGGAGAUCAUGAAACAACAUCAGCAGGACCAGCAGAGGCCGGCCAAGAGCGAGCGACCUGCGGACUACUACGACACGCCGCUCUGAAGGAGUCGUUGCAUUCUGCCAUCAUCUACUCACCUUCAUGUCGUUGGCUUUCUUACAGUUACCCAAUACUGACGUACUCUGACAGCAUUUCUUGCACCAAUGCCGCCACUUAUGAGUAAAUCAGUCAGAACAACAUGAGGCUGAGUGGAUGAUGACUGAAUGUUCACUCAAUACUCAAGUGGAGUAUAUUCUGCUUUACUGCAGUCAACCAAUAUGAAGCUGUGAGUAAUCUACCUACAACGGCUCUGAAAGGUCACGAGACUGGGCCAAAUAGGACAACGUAUUAUGACGCCACUUCCCCCAAAGUCCACCAAGAUCUCAACCUAUCCCUUUAAGAGAACACAAGAGUGACCUGGACUCUACCGUGCCUCACCCAUUUCACUUGAGUUUUAAGAGCAGUUCACUACUGAUUACUGACUGUUUUAACUUUUUUAUUUACCUUAAACCGAUACCUAUAUAAUUCAACACUAUUAUUGCGAUGUUAACUUGUCAUUUACCAACAUCAAGUCUCUGGAUAUUUUGAUUUUGUUUAUUAGUUACCAUAUGUGAGAGAAGCUACAACAGACUUUAAGUUGAUUUAAAAACAGAAGAUUGUGUUGACAUUAAAUUGUGUUGUACGGUACACACUAGUAAUACCACGCUUAACUGUUGUAGAUAGGGCACUUAAAGUAAUACUGUAUCUCUUCAGUAAAUCAAGGCUUCGGGCCUGUAUAAAAACUAGAAAUUUAGUGGAAAUUUGAAAGACUAACUCCUAGGAGUUGCUUACUCUUUUAUGGUGACUUCGUCACUUUUUACUAAUCUUCUCUGCGAGAAAUGGUGAUUUUUUUUUUUGUUUUUGUUUCUUUUUCUCUUUCCAAUGAUUGUAAAUAAGAAAAAUAUUGUAUACCAAUGCUUUUUAAGGGAACUGUGUGUCUAGAACAAGAUGACCCUUUAUGCAUACAUGCCAAUAGAUGUAUAUGUAUCAGAAACAGAUACACACACGAACCAGUUGUAAAUGAACUGUGCAUUCUGCCCAGUGCUGUCAUCACUUGCUGAUCAAUGAGCCACACACAUACACACACUCAUACGCCUCUUUACACCAGCAUGACUGUGUCAAGUCCUGUAAUGCAAUCCAAUUUAUCUGUAAGAAAUUAUGCUCAAACCAACCACACAAACAGUUCCUGGUUUUGUUACAAUAAAUCUUAAAUUUAUGACUCUA